GCCUCGAGCUGGCUGCGCUCCCACCUCGCUCCACCGCACGGCCAUCCCAUGCUGCUCUCUCUCGCGCCCGCCGCCGCCGAGGAGCGCGCGCAGCUGCGGGCGCUCGCCGCCCAGCUCGCUGCGCCGCACGCCGACGAGCUGCGCCAGGCACUGGGCGGCGGCGACGCUGAGGGCGAGGCCAGGCGCCGCCUGCCGCUCUCCUCGGCCACGCUGCUCGCCGUGCACGCCGCCGGCGCCGGCUGCUCGCCGCCGCUGCGCCUGGCACACCUGCUGCGCGGCGCAACGCUGGCACAUGCGCCCAUGCCCGUGCGCGAGAAGUCGCCCGAGCUGCAGCGCUCCCUUGCCGCCAUCUCUCUCGCGCUCGAGCGGCAGCAGUACGCCGCCAUGCUGACGCCCGGAGCCGGCCGGGCCGAUGCGCUCAGCGGACAGAAGGCGCCGUGAUGCAAGACGUCGGACUGCUGCGCAGAUGCGCGAAUCUGACAUACGGCUCCAGAAGCCUUGCCCUGGCACUCUUCCGGAAGCCGAGCGCCACUUCGCCCCUCCCGCGAUCCCUCGCACGAGGCAAGGCCUGAGCAGCUGCUACCGCAGUCAGCGUGCAUGAUUGUGCCCGCGAGUACAUGCGGCGUGCCGCCUCGCAGCCCAGCAGCUCGGCUCCCUCGCGCCCGCGCCCAGUGCGAUCGCCACACGCCUCAGGCGAGCAGG